CACGGCUCGGCUCGGCUCUGCUCGGCAGGGACGGCAUGGGGGGCCCGCGGCGCCUGCUGCUGGUGUCUAACUCCACCCUGCACGGAGGAGGGUACCUGGCCCACUGCCAGCAGCACAUCCAGAGCUUCCUCGGGCAGAAGGUGAAGCGGGUGCUGUUCAUUCCCUACGCCCUGCACGACCGCGACGCCUACGCCCGGACCGCCAGGGAGAAGUUUGAGAGCCUGGGUUAUGGGCUGGACAGCAUUCACGAAUCUUGUGAUCCAGUGGAAGCUGUAAGGAAAUCUGAAGCAAUUUUUAUUGGAGGUGGGAACACAUUCCGUCUCCUGAAAGCUCUUUACGACAACAGUCUGAUACACGAGAUCAGGAAAAGAGUUCUUGAGGAUGGGAUUCCUUACAUGGGAUCCAGUGCGGGAACUAACGUUGCUACCAUCAGCAUCAACACCACCAAUGACAUGCCAAUUGUUUAUCCACCUUCCCUGCAGGCUCUAGGUUUAGUUCCUUUUAAUAUUAACCCCCACUACCUGGACCCAGAUGUGAAAAGCACUCACAUGGGUGAGACAAGAGAGGAAAGAAUCCGCCAAUACCAUGAAGAACCAAACACCCCUCCAGUUCUGGGCUUGCGGGAAGGUGCGAUGCUGCUAGUGGAAGGAGACAAAGCCACGCUGCAAGGAGUGACAGGAGCACGUCUGUUUUUGAGGGGUAAGAAACCAACUGAACACGAGCCUGGAACAGAUUUCAGUUUCCUCCUGACUGACAGUAAUUCCCUGAAUCUGUAGCCUUCCAUUUCCUGCAGCACAAAUUACUAUAUGGAGAAGACAAUGAAGAAGAAGGAAAGAGACGCUUCUAAGUCCCAGGGUGGGUGGGGAACCUUAUCUCUAUUUAUAAAUAUGUAUAGUGGGCUUUUUUCCUCACCCUGAUUCAUGGCCCGGACAUCUCCUUCCCAGCAAAAAGACAUUUUUUAUUGCAAUACUUGAGUAAUCAGAGCUAUUUGAAGUCUGAAAGGGUCUGUACAUUAUGUAUCCAGUUUGAUUCCUUCCCCACUGAAAAAAAAGUUAGUUUAACACAAUUAAGACAGGACAGCGAGUCAGCUGUUCCUGCUGCAUAGAUUUACCUGCUAAAUGAAAGAACUGUUCCUUCAGUGUACUUCCACACUUCAUUUCAUUUUUUGCUAUUAAUAAAUGGAGAAGUUAUGCAUUCAA